UCAUUUAACCGAGAAACUCACUGACAGCCGCCGUCACCUGCCGAGCCGAGCGUGUUUGUGCUUCGGCCAUGCGGUAAAAGCGGGAAGAAACACAGAAACAGUGGAGGAUCUGUGAGCGCAAUGCAGAGUCCAGACAUGAACGGAUACACCGGAGUCACAGCGCAGUCCUCACAGAUAAACGGUCAUGGCUCACGGUCCCCAGAUAUUCCUGCCAAAAGGUCGGGUGGUAAAGCUCUGUAUGAGCAAAGGAAGAACUACACCAAAAACAGCAUCAACAGCCUGACGGACACGUCACAGUACCAUGUGGAGCAUCUGACCACGUUUGUGAUGGACCGUAAGGAGGCCAUGCUGACCAUCGAGGACGGCGUCAGAAAGCUGCGUCUGCUGGAUGCUAAAGGAAAGGUUUGGACGCAGGACAUGAUCCUGCAGGUGGACUGGAAAGCCAUCAGCCUCAUCGACAACGACAGCAAGAACGAGCUGGAGAACUUUCCUCUGGCCUCGAUCCAGCACUGUCAGGCCAUGAUGAACGCCUGCAGCUACGACUCCAUCCUGGCGCUGGUGUGUAAGGAGUCCGGCCAGAGCAAACCGGACCUGCACCUGUUCCAGUGCGACGACAUAAAGGCCAAUUUGAUCCACAUGGACAUCGAGAGCGCCGUCAGCGACCACAAGGGUGGGAAGGUCAAGAAGCGUCCGGAGGUGCUGAAAAUGAUUCUGAAGAGUGACGGGACCGUCCCUCCGCCCCCAGGAGGCCCCGCCCCCGAGCCUCCAGGAGCUGUCAAUCAAACGGAUGGCAAGAGCCGAGUGGACAGUUGGACUGCGUGGACCAAUAAGCAGCAGGAGCAUGAUCCACCGAGAGAUUACACAGAGCUGGAUGGCUCUCCUGAGAUGAGCGCAGCGCAAGUGGACAGAGAAGUGUGGAUAAAACACAUCCUGAAGACUUUCAGUCAGUUUGAUGGUUGUGUGAUCCAGACGUCUGGAGGAGUGGAUCUGGCUAAAAGCGUGAUCGUUCCUCUCCUCACCAGAGAAGCCACUGACUUCCUGCACGCGGCGGGUUCGGCGGAGGAGAGACACCUGUGGGUCACGCUGGGAGACGGAUGGACCAAAUGCAGGGUGGAGUGGCCGAAGGAUCACCCGUUUCCUCCGCACACGCUGUGUUUCCGGGACGGCUGGGAGCCGCCGGUGCUGGUGUCUCGUGAGCAGGACGUGGCUCAGCUGGCGGAGAGGCUCGGCGCGGUUCAGAGACCUGUGGACCAGCCGGUGGUCCAGGACUUCCCCGGCGCAGACGGGUACGGCUACAGUCACACUUCUCACAAGCGUUUGCACCUGCUGAAGCCAGACAUGGCCGUGGCUGCUUUUAAACACGCGGUCAGCCGUCAUGUAGAUAGGAACCUUGAGGCUCACAGCCGGACGCAGAGGAACUUUGCCAAAUCCAGAUACGACUUUGUGGCCAGAAACAACACUGAACUGUCUGUGAUGAAAGACGAGGUGGUGGAGGUGCUGGAUGACAGGAAGCAGUGGUGGAAGGUGCGAAACGGGUCGGGGGCUAUAGGAUAUGUGCCAAACAACAUCUUGGAGAUCAGCAGGGCAGUGGACAUGACAGGUCGCGGGGAGCCCAUCUAUAGCCACACCAUACAGCUAAUGAUGCCAAAAAAGGAAUUUGAGUUGUUUAAGCAAUUACUGGGCGAGUUAAACGAGAAGCAGCGCUCAGAUUAUGUGCCCAAACCGGCGGUGACGGAAGCCCCGCCCACCCCAAUGACAGCCCAACACAACAACAGCAGCAGCGAGAGCGACGGCGUGACCAUGAGAGAACAUCAGAGAGAGAGACCCACGCCCACCAGCCGCCGGAAGUCCAACAUGGAGGAGGUUCAGGAUGAGCUGAUUCACAGACUGACUCUGGGCCGCAGCGCUCAGAAGAAGUUCCAGGCUCCGUCUCGCUCCUCCAGCAGCCUGCCGGCGGUCAACAUCACGUACGACUCCAUGCCGGACGAGGUCAAGGCCUGGCUGCAGCUCAAAGGCUUCAGCGAAGUGACUAUCAACAGUCUGGGUGUACUGACCGGUGCUCAGCUCUUCUCUCUGAACAAAGACGAGCUGAAGACCGUCUGUCCUGAUGACGGCGCUCGAGUCUACAGCCAGAUCACCGUCCAGAAAGCCGCUCUCGAGAGGAGCUCCGCCUCGGAGCUGCAGGAGGUCAUGAGGCGGCGGCAGGAGAAGCUGGCGGCGAGCGAUUCCGGCGUGGAGUCCUUCGACGAGGGGAGCAGCCACUGACCUCUCUCACCUCUGUCACCUCUGACCUUUUACAGGACGCCGUGGAGCGCGCUCAGUUUGCCGCCAUAAUGCGUCGUCGCCAAGAACUCUUGGACCCGUCUGAUAACGGAUCGGAUGCGGACGAACAUGCGUGACGAGACGCGAGAAGAAGUUUGCUUUUUGUAGAGAUGUGAACGUUGCUGCAGCGUUCUCCGUAGGUUCCUGUGAGAACAUCAGAGCAGUAUGUAGUCUAGUGCCAUCGAGUUCUGCCUUCAUAAUCCAACAUCCU